GUCGAGUUUCGGAGCCCAGGCUUUGUGCUCUCCAGCUUCUGUUAUGAAAAUGGCGCCUCUCCGCCAACUGCUGCGGCGGAGCCGCUUCUUCUGCACCAAAGCCUCCGCCGGCGGUCGGCACAGGCGGAACGUGAAGCAAGUUACGAGGUCCAACUUGUCCACCUCGCUCGAGGAGCUCAGAGCCCAUGUCUCUGACUGCGACUUCAUCGCCCUGUCUCUGCGGAGGACCGGCUCCGCGUCCGCCGCCUGGCAGCGCGUCUCCGCCUAUGACACCGCCGAGAUGGCCUACCUCAAGGCCAAGCGCGCCGCCGAGAGGUUCCAGGUGCUGCAGUUCGCAGUCUGCCCGUUCAGUGUUAGGGGAUCCAAAGUCACUGCAAAUCCAUUUAACUUCCAUUUGUUUCCAAGAGAUGAACUAAAGAUUGGGAUGCCAUCUUACAGUUUUUCAUGUCAAACAUCAUUUCUGGAAUCAUUGGUGCAAGAAGAUUUUGACUUUAAUGCCUGCAUAUAUGAUGGCAUUUCGUACUUAUCCAGAGCUCAAGAACCAGCAGCCAAAGUUCGGUUGGGGAAUCCAGUUCACUGCAGCUACAUUGUGAAGUCUCCUUCCAGCCUUUCUGUUGCAGAUGCAGUCUUUGUGGGGAGAAUUAAGUCUCGGAUUAAGCAGUGGAAGGAUGCAUGUAAAAGCUCGAGCACGAAGACAGACGAUGCUCUAAUUAGAUCCCUAAGGCAACUGGCCCUUGGGGGUGAGCAGUAUGGAUCAAGACCGUGCAUGAAUAUUGAUGUGUCUACUGAACGGCAAGUUCAGCUCAUACUAGAGAUCUUGGUUGAAUUCUUUGAAGAACUUGUUCCACUGAUUAUUCCAGCAAAGGGCGGUGGGACCCAGGCUGUUCGUGUUGUUUUGACAAGUUCAAAGGAGGAUAAGAAUCUCCUAGAGCGAGAGCUUCAGAAUCUUGAGGAUGAACAGAGCAGGAGGGUGCGAGGUUUUCGAGAGGUGAUCGACUUGAUUUCUGCUUCUCAGAAACCUACUGUGUCCCACAAUUCUCUUAAUGAUUUCACAUUCAUCUAUAAUAUGUUUGUUGCUCCACUUCCUUCAAAUGUGGAUGAAUUCAUUUGCUCUUUGCGCUCAGUGUUCCCCCAUAUAUUUGAUGUCACUCACCUGAUGAAGGAAGUUGUUCCUAUUGAAAAAACCCCCAAUGUUUCUGCAUCCCAUUCCUACUUGAAGAAUCGAUUCUUUGCGCCAAUCGAUAUGGAAGUUCCAUGCAAAGGUACUGAAAAUGAAGGCUACAAUAGUCACGGCCAUAAUGUAGUGAGCAUAUGCCAUUUGUUCGCAAAGGUAUGUUCCAUACUGAAGCUCACACCAAGAACGGGCUCUCCCGAUGCUCGUCAUGAGGAUAUUGCCCUUGAAAGUUAUGCGAACAUCUUUGGACCAUCAAUUGUCGGACCAGUUGGUUCUUUCGAAGAGUCCAUAAGAGUCUGGACAAGCAGCACAAGAGCAGUAAGCACCGAGGACAUUGUCUUCCUCUGGGGAUUUAGCAAGGGCCUGUCAGCCAGAACACUGAAAGCCCAGCUUGGGGGGUCACCCGAUGUUUUCUUAGAGGACUGCUUUGAUGUUCGAUUGGUGGACAAAAGUUGUGCCAUUGUGGCGUUCUCUCAACCCGGCUUAUCAGGAAAGCUCCUGAGUUUAAUGAGCAGUGAGGAGAUCUCAGGAAGAUUGAGAGAGAUGGUCUCGGAAGGAUUAAAAGGUGCAAGCUAUGAAGUUUACAAGAGAAUAUGCAGGCAGGAGGGUUUAUGGGAAGGGGUUGAGUUAGCAGAUGCCUUUGACAAAGCCUUGGCGGAUUCGAACCCCAGUUCGGUUGCUGAGUCAGAAAGUAAAAGAUCUGAGAUUUACUGGUGCAGCGACUCCAUAAUUAACUUGGAUGAUUUGUGAUAGACAAUCUGCUUUCAUCAUUGCGCGCCUGGAAUUUACGAAGUGAAGUUGCAGCAAGCACAAGGUCAUCUCAUAGUAAUUUCUGUGGCUGGGGUGGAACUCUGCAUGACACGAGCUCGAGCUAUGAAGUGAGGGAGAUUCCAGCAAUCAGGACUAGGCAAUGUAAGAAUUCUGAUGAAAUAUGCAAAAUUUCUGUGGCUGAGGUGAAACUCUGCAUGAAACGGGCUGGAGCUAAUGCUAAUCUUGGUUGCCUGAUUCAGAACUCAGUGUCUAAUCGACGAUCCUUACGCUUCGUGUAGUUGUCACGCGAACAGCUUGCUUAUACAUAUACUACCAUAACUGCAGAGAGAGUCUUGGUCGAGGGAUCGAAUCUGAUUAGCAUGGGAGUAUGAACUGAUAUUUUUGAUACAUCUAUUCUUCCGAGUGUAUUCUCAUCCACGAAGUAGAGAGGGCGUAAUGUGAUAGCGUAGGUCAUGCCUUUUUAAGUGGACUUUGUGUCGGUUGAAAAUUCAGAGAGAAAGUUGUAAAAUUUACGUAGGAUCGUGAGAAACAAAA